AUGAGGAGCAGGGGAGUGUAUGCUGUGUUGGGCCAUAAUGAAGAUCAGAGGCUGCGUGCUGCCAGAGUGGCAUCAUCUCCACCCUAUGCAUGGUUUUCAAGUAUUUUCAGCUCAGUUUCUGUGCCAUCCCCUGUGUUACUUCAGGCUUGCCCUGCCCUGACUGGUGGAAUAUCUUGUCUUCCAGAUGGAACACCAUUUACCUGGUGGAUUGGGCGGUCCAAUGAAAGGCACCCUUACUGGGGAGGUUCUCCUCCUGGGGUCCAGCAGUGUGAGUGUGGCCUAGACGAGAGCUGCCUGGACAUUCAGCACUUUUGCAAUUGCGACGCUGACAAGGAUGAAUGGACAAAUGAUACUGGCUUUCUUUCCUUCAAAGACCACUUGCCUGUCACUCAGAUAGUUAUCACUGAUACCGACAGAUCAAACUCAGAAGCCGCUUGGAGAAUUGGUCCCUUGCGUUGCUAUGGUGACCGACGCUUCUGGAACGCCGUCUCAUUUUACACAGAAGCCUCUUACCUCCACUUUCCUACCUUCCAUGCGGAAUUCAGUGCCGAUAUUUCCUUCUUUUUUAAAACCACAGCAUUAUCCGGAGUUUUCCUAGAAAAUCUUGGCAUUAAAGACUUCAUUCGACUCGAAAUAAGCUCUCCUUCAGAGAUCACCUUUGCCAUCGAUGUUGGGAAUGGUCCUGUAGAGCUUGUGGUCCAGUCUCCUUCUCUUCUGAAUGACAACCAAUGGCAUUAUGUCCGGGCUGAGAGGAACCUCAAGGAGACCUCCCUUCAGGUGGACAACCUUCCAAGGAGCACCCGGGAGACGUCAGAGGAGGGCCAUUUUCGACUGCAGCUGAACAGCCAGUUGUUUGUAGGGGGAACGUCAUCCAGACAGAAAGGCUUCCUAGGAUGCAUUCGCUCCUUACACUUGAAUGGACAGAAACUGGACCUGGAAGAGAGGGCAAAGGUCACAUCUGGAGUCAGGCCAGGCUGCCCGGGUCACUGCAGCAGCUACGGCAGCAUCUGCCACAACGGGGGCAAGUGUGUGGAGAAGCACAAUGGCUACCUAUGCGAUUGCACCAACUCACCUUAUGAAGGGCCCUUUUGCAAAAAAGAGGUUUCUGCUGUUUUUGAGGCUGGCACGUCGGUUACUUACAUGUUUCAAGAACCCUAUCCUGUGACCAAGAAUAUAAGCCUGUCAUCCUCAGCUAUUUACACAGAUUCAGCUCCAUCCAAGGAAAACAUCGCAUUUAGCUUUGUGACAGCCCAGACACCCAGUCUUUUGCUCUUUGUCAAUUCUUCUUCUCAGGACUUCCUGGCUGUUCUGCUCUGCAAGAAUGGAAGCUUACAGGUUCGCUAUCACCUAAACAAGGAAGAAACCCAUGUAUUCACCAUUGAUGCAGAUAACUUUGCUAACAGAAGGAUGCACCACUUGAAGAUUAACCGAGAGGGAAGAGAGCUUACCAUUCAGAUGGACCAUCAACUUCGACUCAGUUAUAACUUCUCUCCAGAAGUAGAGUUCAGGGUUAUAAGGUCACUCACCCUGGGCAAAGUCACAGAGAAUCUUAGUUUGGAUUCUGAAGUUGCUAAAGCAAACGCCUUGGGUUUUGCUGGCUGCAUGUCUUCCGUCCAGUACAACCACAUAGCACCACUGAAAGCUGCCCUGCGCCAUGCUACCGUCGCGCCUGUGACUGUCCAUGGGACCUUGACGGAAUCUAGCUGCGACUUCAUGGUGGACUCAGAUGUGGAUGCAGUGACCACGGUGCAUUCUUCAUCAGAUCCUUUUGGGAAGACAGAUGAGCGGGAACCACUCACGAAUGCUGUUCGAAGUGAUUCGGCAGUCAUCGGAGGGGUGAUAGCAGUGGUGAUAUUCAUCAUCUUCUGUAUCAUCGGUAUCAUGACCCGGUUCCUCUACCAGCACAAGCAGUCACAUCGUACAAACCAGAUGAAGGAGAAGGAAUAUCCAGAAAAUUUGGACAGUUCCUUCAGAAAUGAUAUUGACUUGCAAAACACAGUGAGCGAGUGUAAACGGGAAUAUUUCAUCUGAGAAACUGCAGGGUUCCCACUACUAUUUUUUCUUGUUCAAUUAUCUCCUCCCCUUCUUCUCUCCUGUCUUUUGAUUUGGUCAUUCUCUUUAUUUUCUGCUUGCCAUUUCUUUUCUGGAGCAUAUUUGCAUCCACCACAGCAUCAAUUCCCUUGAUCCAGUCCAAGAGACCAGGCAGCCGUGGCCACUGCCUUCCUCUCUGAUGAACCUAUCGGGUGAAAACGACCACUCAAGAGACUGACUUCACUAUUCAAGACAAGGAAGAGACACAUGUGUGCACUCCUGCAUGUUCAGUUCUGUACUUCCAGUUUCUAAAAUGCACUGUUCAGUUUGGCAGCCACUUGGUGGUUCGGGCUUGCUUUGAACCUGAGCUCUUUGGCUUAGGCACAUGACGGUCAUUCCUGACAUCCUCCCCAUCUCAAGUCUAUUCUUACCAGGGAACCCAGGGCAGGGAGAGAAGAACCUAGAGGCCUGGUUUGCUUUGGAGGCAUUAUAAAAGGGGUAAGAGAGGUUUGUUUUGUGGUGGUUUACUUUCUUUACCAUAGGCAAUCACUUGCCUUAACUCAUCACCCUUUUUCACUAUGACCCUUAGACCCUGAGUAUUUUCAAAUAUAUGAUCACUGAUAGUAGUGAGCAAAAUUACUUUGGUCCUUUCUUACCACUCUCUCCUGGGGCCAACACGUUGGAAUAGCACACCAUAGCAUAAAGCUAGGGGAGGCAUGGAAAUAGUAGCUUGAAACUAGGAGGUAACAAGAAAGCGUCUAGGAAGUAGAUGUUCUGUAUCUUCAAAAAUGCCUCCUCCAAUUUUGUAAGAAUGCUAGCUAGGUAUUCCUGGGAUUAUUCUACUGACAUAUAUGUACACACACAUGUGUAUAUAUGUAUAUAUAUGUGAGUAUAUAUAUAUAUA